AUGCAUUCCUCUUGUCUCUCGUUCCUACUUCUAUUUGUUGGGCCUGUAGCUUCGCAACAGAUAUGGGAUAUUUGGCAAACUACAUGGGAUCGCUCAGGUCUCUUCACCUCCUUGGCCCCUUCAACGCCUAUCAACUUCGUCUCGCCCGGUGCAAUAGGAAGUGCUGAUAUAGUUGUAGACGAUUCGUCGGUUUUCCAAACAGUGUACGGAUUUGGCGGUUCUCUCACUGAUUCUGCAGCUGAGCUUUUGAACAAUUUGAAGACCACAAACUCGAAUAACUAUUGGGCGUUGUUGGACUACUUGUUUUCACCAACCGAUGGCGCGAAUGCAGCAGGCCUCAAUUAUAUCCGAGUACCUCUUGGCGCUUCGGAUUUUUCUGCAAGCGUCUAUAACUACGACGAGACAAGCGGCGACACAUCUUUUAAUAACUUUAAUAUUAAUGCCGCUCCGUCAUAUGUCUUCUCCGUUCUUCAGGAUAUUAAAUCUGUCAACAGUUAUCUCAAAAUUCAUGUGCUUCCGUGGUCUCCCGUAAGAUUUUUGUCUUUCGAAGCCACGUUGGUCCUCACUCUUGUAAAGCCCGGGUGGAUGAAGACUUCUGGGUCCAUGGAUGGCGGGUCGUUAUCGUCCAACGAAGUCACCUUCUACGCCACAUACCUCUUCAAAUCCCUACAGGGCUUUCAGAGUAAGGGAUUAACGCCUUACGCUAUCUCCAUACAGAACGAGCCGCAGAACAGCGAUACCACCUAUCCCUCAUGUACAAUGUCUGUUGCUGUUGAAGCACAGAUCGGCAUGGCUCUCAGGAGUAUGAUGAACAAUAACGGUUUCGGCGCUGUAAAGAUCAUCGGAUUUGACCACAACUGGUCUGGUGUCUCCACCUAUGCAAUACCGCUGUUGCAAGCUGCCCCAAAUUCAUUCGCUGGUGUAGCAUUUCAUUGUUACGAGGGCACAGUGAGCGAGCAAGCAGCUUUCCAGACUGCGUUCCCAAACAAAGAAAUUUACUUCACAGAGUGUACGGGCUCACUUGGAAGUGACUGGUGGAGCGAUAUCAAGUGGUACAUGGACAAUAUCUUCAUUGGUGCCCUGUCGUAUGGUGCAUCCACUGGGCUCAUGUGGAACCUCGCGCUUGAUGGAAACGGGAAUCCUUUUCUUCCUGGCUCAGAUAGUUGUGGGGGUGGCUGUCGCGGAAUUGUCCAGAUUAACAGCGACGGAACAUACAGCGUUAAUCAAGAAUUUUAUUCCAUGGCCCAGGCUUCAAAAGCCAUUAUUCCGAAAGAUGUAGGGGGUCCUUUUGGUCAACGGAUUGGAGUCACUAUCGGCGGGGAACUGAGCUGGGCAUUGAUUGUUGGUGCAUAUGUCACUGGUCGAGUGAACCCAACCGAUUGGUUGAGAUAUUCCAUCGUAGUGCUCAACUGGGACGACACCAAUAAUGGAUCCUGGGAUCCCGUGGCAGUACCAACAACUAUUGAAUUCCGAGGAAUGCAGGCAUCGUAUACUUUUCCCGUAGGAGUGACAACGUUAUGGUGGUUCGCCCCAGAAACUUCGCUCAAUAGCACGAACGCGGAAUCCUAUGCAUUGUAUUCAGAAACAGACGGCAAACAGCAACCUCUCCAUUUCUUCCAGUGA